AUACUAAUACUAGCAAAUUUGUGGUUUUUCAAUCUCUUACGCCUCGAAAUUACUUAUUUCAAACACAAAAAUCAAAAUCUUUACCUAAUAGUUCUGAUAACCAAAACAAAAAAUCACAAAAUUUGGUUAAAGAUAACUAUCCGUAUAUCUAUGUCACAAGAAUAGUGAGCCAACGAAAAACCAACUAUACCUAUAGGAUUAUUUCACUUGGCUUUUAUCCUUUAAAUGUUAUCAAAACCCUGCGCAAUUCAAUUAAUGGGACAGUUUAUCAAAUACCGGAUGACUAUUCAUUUAUAGUAACAAUAUAUAAAACUCAAAUUACAUGUAAAACUCAAUACCAAAAUAACUUAGUAAAAUAUACAAUAAGUUGGAUUGAUCACAAUAGUGAAACACAGCAAUGUAUUACAAGUUAUAGCUCUGCGACCGAUAAAUUAGGAAAAUCUAAUAAAAGUUCUAUCUCAGGAGUAAAAUUAUUCGCUUUUGAUUUGGAAUGUUUAGAAAAACGACGUACUUCUCAAAGUAUAGAUCAACAAAAACCUUUAGAAAAGCGGCGUAGUUCUCAACAAAAACCUUUAGAAGAACUGUCUUUAUCACAAAUAAAUCGACGACUUAGAUCACUUGCCAAUGAUAUUAAAGAUAAUGUACAAUCAUUAUUUUUAAAACAUAAUACAACAUCCUUGGAAUUAGAAAAAGUUGAUCUUCGACAUAAGAAUAAUACAAUUGAGCUUAAUUUUCAAUUAUUAGUCGAUAAUUUUACUACAGAUGAAUACCUUGAUUCUAUCGUUUAUGCUUGUGAUGAUACAUUAGUUUCAAGAGAUAGUCUACGACGAUU